AUGGCCCACGCCAUGGCUUCCGUGUCGGGAGCAGCUCCCUCUCUUGAGAAGCUCUCCCUUUCCACUGCCUCCUCCCUCUCCAUGUCUCGCUCCUCCUUCGUCUCCUCUCCCGCUCUCGUCGCCUGCCGGCCAGUCGCUCUCUCCGCGAAAUGCGGCCCGUCGGUCGCGGUGGUGACGGCGCAAGCCGUAGCGGAUGUCGCGGCGCCUGCUGCGGCGUCGCAGCGGCCGUCCGGGCUUUUGUCGGGAACGGACCCGGCGUGGAAGCUGGGGACAGCGGAUAAGGCGCGUCUUAAGACGUACUAUGAGACUGCCGUGGUUCCCGCUAUGCUGGCGGAGUUCGGAUAUGCGAACCCCCAGGAGGUGCCACGUGUCGAGAAGGUGGUGGUCAACUGCGGCAUUGGCGACGCGUCGCAGAGCGCUAAGACUCUCGACAGCGCGGCGAAGGACCUGGCGGCGGUGACGGGGCAGCGGCCCGUGGUGACGCGCGCGCGGAAGGCCAUUGCGGGGUUCAAGCUGCGCGCAGGCGUGCCCGUGGGGAUGGCGACUACUCUCCGCGGACAGAUCAUGUACGCUUAUCUCGACCGUCUCAUCAACCUCGCUCUCCCCCGUAUGCGCGAUUUCCGCGGGGUCUCCCGCGGGGGCUUCGACGGCCGUGGCAAUUACUCCAUGGGUCUGGCCGAGCAGACCCUGUACCCGGAGAUUCGAUACGACGAGAUUGACAAGACCCGCGGCAUGGACAUUUCCAUUGUCACCACGGCCAAGACUGACGGGGAGGCGCAGCGGCUUUUGGAGCUUCUGGGAGUGCCGUUUAGGGAGGGUCCGGUGCCGGUUAAGGAGGCGAAGAGCAAGGGGAAGGGGCGAGGGCGUGGGCGUGGGGUCGCCGAGCGCAUUCGCUUUCGCAAGCCGACGAAAAGGUGUAACGUUUCGCGACAGCUGCUGAUCAUGCCAGAAUCUGGUCCCUGCAUUCGAGGUGAUGACUCAGCAGGUAACCGCUCCGCGCGGCUGGAUUUGAACCUCGAGUAUUCCGCGCAGCCCUGUAUUGCGGAGCUCUGCGCGGAGCAGCGGGCGGAAGGCUGCGCGGGCGCGGGGAGGGGAUAUUCGGAUACAGCCGCGGCGGUGGGGGAACCGCCGGCGGGAGAUGACACCGCAGGGUCGGGGGAAACAGCGGUGGGCGGAGAGUGUGGCGGAGCGGAGGCGGAAGAGUCAGACGGCGGAGACGCGGAAGAGCCGGCGGCGCUAGACGACCUCGUCGGAAGGGCCUCGCGAUUUGCGCAGAGACUGGCGCAGCGGAGACUCCAGGCGGCGGGGGAGCGCGCGGGGGGGGACGCGCAAGCAGGCGGAAGGGGAGGCGGAGGCGGAAACAGCAGUGGCGGCGCAGGCGCUGGCGGAAGAGAAGGCGCGGACCACACCCGCGCGGGGGGAACGGCGGGAGGAAGCGGGGAAGGCGGAGUUGGGGGGAGCGGGGGGAACACCGGGGGAGGCUUUCAGGCUAUUUUAACGGCGAUAGGUGCAGGGGAGGAUGAUGAGGGCGCAGGGGGGGAUGGCGACACGGAUAACGAUUGUGAUAAUAGCGAGGACGAGGAUAAAGAGGAGAGUGGUGAUACUAGCGAGGAUACUAGCAGUAACGAUAGUGACGACUCAGAUGCGGAGGAGGAGGGGGAGGGGGAGGAUAAAAGCGAGAGCAGUAGCGGAGAGAGCAGUGACGAGGAUGACAAUAGCGAGGAUGACAGUAGCGAGGAUGAUAAUAGCGGUGGGUCGGAUCGGUGUCACCUGGCGCAGUCUUUUCUCCCAUGCGAUGGCCCCAUGGUGGUGGACAAGGUGGCGUCGCGCGCUUACAUCGGGCAAUUCAGCGGCGAUGGGGACCUGUUUGUGGCUGGCUUCCAGGACCGUCGGAUUCGCGUGUACGAUGUGGAUCGAGGGUGGUCGUUGAGGAAGGAUGUGAUAGCUCGCAACCUGAGAUGGACCAUCACUGACACUGCACUCUCUCCGGACCAACGCUUCCUGGUCUAUGCAUCCAUCACCCCCAUCGUGCAUCUGGUGAACGUUGGUUAUGGGAGUGGGGAAGUUGAAUCUCUUGCCAAUGUCACGGACAUUCAUGAGGAGCUGAACUUCACGGCAGUGGAGUCGCGGCGCAGGGAGCGCAGCUUCGGCAUCUGGUCGCUGCAAUUCUCAUCCGACGGUCGGGAGCUCAUCGCAGGCAGCAGCGAUCGCUCGCUCUACGUCUUUGACUUGGAGAGGAAUCAGCCGAUUCUCCGAGUGAAGGCGCACCAGGACGAUGUGAACGCCGUAGCGUUUGCGGAUGAGACCUCCCAGCUCAUCUUCUCAGGCAGUGACGAUCGCAUCUGCAAGGUGUGGGACCGGCGAUUGUUAGACAACACCGAACCCAUCGGCCCCCUUCGCCUGCUCGACCCCGUUGGACCCAUGCACAUUGGUGGGGAUGCGAGGUGCUUCCUUACCAACGGCAAGGACCAGACGAUGAAGCUGUGGGACAUUCGAGUCAUGAUGGACCCUGCUGCUUAUGAAGAUCUUCCCCCUCCCCGAAUCCCCUUCUUUCAGUGGGACUAUCGCUGGAUGGACUACCCUGGCAGGGGAAUGAGAGUGGCCCAUCCCAACGACCAGUCGCUCAUGACCUACCGCAACCACCACGUGCUGCAGACGCUCAUCCGCUGCUACUUCUCCCCUCUGCACUCCACGGCGCAGCGAUUCGUGUACUCUGGGUCGCACGACGGGGCUGUGUAUAUCUAUGACCUGACGCUCAUCCGCUGCUACUUCUCCCCUCUGCACUCCACGGCGCAGCGCUUUGUGUACUCUGGGUCGCACGACGGUGCUGUGUAUUUCUUUGACCUGAUGACUGGCAAGCAGGUGGCGAAGCUGAAGCACCACGGGUCAACCGUGCGGGAUUGCUGCUGGCACCCCACACGGCCAUCCCUGGCGUCAGUGGGGUGGGACGGCAAGGUGGCUGUGUGGGAGAGCUUUCACGGGGACACUCAACCCACCUUUUCGCCCCCCUGGUUCCCUUCCCAUUCCCCCAGUUGA